GGUUUAGCGAUAUGAAGCUCUCAACUAACCGAACACACUCCAAAACAGCGAAACAAAAACACUAAAAUGUGGCGAACCAUAGCCAAAUAUCAACCGACAGCACCACCGCUGCAUUUGAACACCUAAACCUCCAAAAAACCCUUAAGAUGAAGCCUAUAACUUUCGAAAACUUGCGUCGCCUCAUGGGCGGCGGCAGAAAAAAGAAAGACAAAGAGUCAUCGUUUAAAAGGAGCGAUUCUUUCAAGAGAAUCUCGAUCAGGAAGAGUUACCUGGAUAGGGGGAAGAAGAAGAUCAUUCCCAAGCUUGAAGUAGCUACUCAGACAGUCACUGAAGAGGAAUUACUGAGUCAGUUACCGGAGGAAGGCGUUAAGAAGGUUGAUACAUCGGUUCAAGUUGAUAAAGUUGAUUUAAAUGCGACUAUUAAGUCUGGGAAAGAGAUAGCUUGUAGUAAAAACUAUAGAAAACAGAACCAGGAAGGUAACAGCGUUGUGGCGUACAGUCAGUGGUUGCAGGAAAUACGAAAAGAAGACGCUCCAGUUUCAACAUCAAUUAAAGGAUCUGAAAGAACAAUUAUUUAUGUCCCUGCAUCAGAUGAACGGCCUUCGAGUCCAGUAAUACGACAACUGUCUUCAUCUCCGGUUGUAAGGAAGAAAAACAACACCUCCACGACUCAUAUCUAUAACCAAGUCACCUCAAACCUUUGUAGAAAGGAGAGUAAUGAUUCUGCUGUCGAGAUGUUUCCUUGGGGUGAUUCAACUGAAGUCAAGAAAAGUCCCUUGGUUCGAAGAAGGUCACGACAGAGUCCUACACCGCUACUUCUACCUACUGACUCCGGUACUGAAGAAAUGUGUUCUCUUUCGAUAAGUUUAGGAAGAAUUUGGAUGGAUGCUCCUCAAGUCAUGACGCCUAGAAGUCUGGAAAUGCCUAAAUCUUCUUCUGCUUCGAAUCCACCACCAGCUCACCAUUCGCUGGACAGUGCUUUGAAGGACCUUCGUGACGAUCCUUUGGUGUCUAAUAGGUUGCAUAAACGUUCCACGCCUCCGGUGACGAGGACUUUGAGUUCGACCAGCAAUAACACUACGUCGACUGGUUUGUUUUCCAGUAAGGAUUCCGGGUUUAGUUUUUCGAUCAGUGCUCCGCGUCUGAGUGAUUUUCACGCGAAUUUCGCCCCUAAUGGGUCAUCGACGAAAGGUUUUUUUCGGAAAAAGUCGCGGCCCAAACCGAAGUUGAGUGUGAGUCGGGAUGGGUACUUCAAAAGGACUAGCGGUGCGUUGGUUGUGGACACGAAAAGGACCUCUUUGAGGCGGAGGAGUAGUAAGAAAAAGAAGAAUAAAGGGAAGAAGAGUAAGAGUAAAGAGAAGGAUAAUGGUACCAUCCGAAGUGACAUCUACCAAGUGGUCGUAUCCCGACCUCAAAGAGCUGUGGCGGCCCUCAAACUAGACCCCAUGAUCUUCGUACCGCCAGAAAAACGAAAAGCUGGUUCCCAGAAACCCCUGUUCAAAACGAAGGAAAUUCGUACCUUAGCUUCAAUGGAUACACCUCUUUAUGCUACGACCCGUAGUAUGGGCAGUACCGAUGAAGGAUUAUAUGAGAGUUUGCCAGGGGAUUAUGACUAUCUCACUGACGAGGAGGAGAUCAACUUGGAGAGUUUUUCUAUGGAGAGGGAGCAAGUGGAGGAGACCAGGGAGAUUACUAGUGGUUAUGGGGUGGUACGGAAGUACUGUAAAAGGGUUGAGGAGGAGAAGAAGUUUACGAAGAAGGAAGAGAGAAUCUACCAUCUGGAAACCAAGGAAAUCGACUACAGGGAACUGGACUCGAGACGGUACCAGAAAAAAGGAGACCUGCAUCACUCGUUUCCCAAACCUUCACUAACUGAAAGCGCGCUCGCAUAUCGAGUACCCCCCGUCGAGUGUUCCGACGACGACGAUAGUGUUUCUUUAGUGUCGGACGAGGUCGCGAGUGAGGAGGAGGGUGGUUCCAGUGUCGAGGAGGACGAGUGCGGUCGUUCCAACGUGUACGUACCGCCGGGAGUGUCUCCAGUGCCGCGCAGGCGCCCGGUGAGGCGGAAAAAAUCCAACGGACUGAGCCACAAGCGCAGCAUAACAUAUCUGGUGAAGCCGACGGUUAUGAGAGCUCCGUCCACGCUUAGAAGACCUGCUAAGAAAUCAGGUAAGAAGUCGAAACAGCAAACCCAACAGUCAAGAGAUUCCCAUCACAACGCAGAUCCGUAUUCAGGGCCAUAAGAACGUAAUUUUUGCCAUAAACACUGUACUGUACACACACCUCUCACUUAUCUUGUUUUAUAUACAUAUAUGUCCGGCUGUUUUAUAUACAUAUUUCAUAUUCUGCUCCAUAAAUAAUUUUAAAAAUUAGAUAGUUAAUUUAUAGUUGUUUCACAAUGGCUGGUGAUAUUACUUUAAUUAUCUUUUAUUUUAUUUUUAACUCUUUACUAAUAAAUAGUUUUAAUUGAUUCUUUUGGUUCUUUUAUUUCCUUGAACACACUUUUUUCUCAUUUUCCCACACUAUUAUAAAAGCUAGAAGCACUAUAGUAUUAUUAUAU